UAACGAAUGCCUCCGGCGUCGGCGUCCAUGGAACACCUAGGCCCAGGUUUCGGAAGUCCCAACUUGCGCAAUCCUUACUCGCCAUCUCGGACCACAAAGUUCCACGGCUCGAACGCCGCGUACGCGAACACCACCACCUCGUCGGCGUACUACAAGAACAAGUACGCCACCCAGCACCAGCACCAGACGGCUGCCGCCAACUUGCCACUGUGGACGGCCAUAUACAACUAUGAGGCGCAGGGCGAGGACGAGCUUAGCCUCAAGCGAGGCGACAUCGUCGAGGUGCUGUCCACAGACGCCAAGAUAUCCGGCGACGAGGGUUGGUGGACCGGAAAGCUCGGUGACAAGGUGGGCAUAUUCCCGGCCAACUUUGUCACUGAGAACAAUAUUUUGGAGAACGUGACCACAGUGGUGGGCAACGCACAUAUUACCGAAAUCGAUUUCGGUGAGCUCGAGCUUGAAGAGGUCAUUGGUGUCGGCGGUUUCGGCAAGGUUUACCGCGGCUAUUGGAACAACAAGGAGGUGGCCGUCAAAGCUGCGCGCCAGGACCCUGAUGAAGAUAUUAGUGAAACGGUGAAAAAUGUAAAACAAGAGGCAAACCUCUUUUGGCUGCUGGACAACGAGAACAUUGUGUCCAUGUUGGGCGUUUGUUUACAAAUUCCAAAUCUAUGCCUCAUUAUGGAGUACGCCCGGGGGGGUUCACUUAAUCGUGUACUGAUGGGAAGGAAAAUACGACCAGACGUACUUGUUGAUUGGGCCAUUCAAAUCGCCAGGGGCAUGAACUAUUUGCAUAAUGGUGCACCAAUAUCGUUGAUUCACAGAGACUUAAAAUCCUCAAAUGUGCUUUUGAAUGAAACAAUUGAAAACAAUGAUCUACAAUUCAAGACAUUAAAAAUCACAGACUUUGGUCUUGCCAGGGAAGUCUACAAGACAACCAGAAUGUCUGCUGCUGGAACCUAUGCUUGGAUGGCUCCAGAAGUUAUAAAAAAAUCAAUAUUCUCAAAAGCUAGUGACGUUUGGAGCUAUGGUGUUUUACUCUGGGAAUUACUUACUGGAGAAAUGCCAUACAAAGGAAUUGAUGUGCUGGCUGUUGCUUAUGGAGUGGCAGUAAACAAACUUACUUUACCAAUACCUUCAACUUGUCCACAACCAUUCAGAGAACUCAUGGAGGCUUGUUGGCAUUCUGACUCUCACAUGAGGCCUAGUUUUGAAGACAUAUUAGCAUCGUUGGAUGAUAUUGUACACUCUGCUUUUACUCAAACACCUCACGAAUCUUUUCAUACUUUGCAAGAUGUUUGGAAAGUAGAAAUUGAACAAGUACUUGAUGGACUACGAAUGAAAGAAAAAGCUUUUAAAUCUAAAGAAGAAGAACUAAGGUGUCGUGAAGAAGAAUUAAGCCGAGCUCAGGUACAACAACAGAUUGCUGAAAAACACUUAAAACAGAGAGAACGUGACCUAGAAGCACGUGAAAUGGAAUUGCUCAAAUGGGAACUAAAUAUCAUAAUGCAACAGCAACAAGCAUCGCCGGCAAUACCAACUCCCAAUAAACGUCGUGGCCAUUUCAAAAAAUCCAAUAUUUUGAAGAUGUUAAAAAAAGAACCAAACCAGUUGCCAAUUAGUUCUCCAUCUGAUUUUCGACAUACAAUAACUGUGCAGCACACAAGUGACAGGAAAAAUCGAGAUGCGUCUGGUCCAAACAGCCCCCCGGGUUCUCCAAAUAUUCCUAGACUGAGAGCUAUUGCACUGCCUGCAGAUGGAGUCAAGGGCAAAACAUGGGGCCCCAGUACGUUUCAUCAACGUGAGCGGGUACAAAUUAUUUGCGGGAGCCCAUCAUAUCCAUCAUCACCAGCCACAACGUCUUUUAAGGGGUGGUCUCGAUCAGCACCUAACUUGGAAAAACAUCAGUUGUCGGUUCGCUCAAACUUUGCGGCUUUACAAGAAAUAGACUACAGUGGCCCACCAAUGUCAGCGUCUUACUGUUGGCCGGACGACUAUGAAGAUGACGAUGAUCUACUUCGAAUUCAACGAUCGCGGUCAUCCGAUCGUCACCGGACGAACACCUCAGGCGACGGCGCCGGAAAUAUAGUGACCGUAUCGUCGAAGCCGUCAUCGACAUCGACUACUGCUGGGGCGACGACGACUACAAAUCAAAAAACGGCGCCGUUGUUGGAGAGCGUCCUGCGCGCGGCCGCGUCCAUGUUGGCAGGUUUUGCGUUGGGUGGUGCGGAUAUAAAGACGUGUACUUCUUCCGGUCGUAAUGCAGCAUCGACACCAGGUUUGCAGCACACUUCUACCGACACUGCCAACACCACAACCUCCACAUCGGACUUAAAUUUCUGCCUACACAAUUCUUCCGGCCGCCAGCAUAAACACAAUACGUACCAUGGUCCGUCGUCGAAGCAUUUUCGGGUGCCAUUGCCGCAGAGUUCAGACGCUAAACCUUUGCGAUUCACCGACAGUCCGCAACACCGGUUGAGCCGUUCCCGGCGGAAAUCCAGACCGCCGCCCCGUAGGAAGUCGAGCAGCGUGACCCGGUGCACAGAUGACAAGAGCCACCAUUCUUUUUACGGUACCACGUCAAGUGACUAUUACCGGCAAACGGACUUGUCUCAUACCGGAUACCGUCAGUGGUCUAGCGACCGGAGUGGAUACCGCCAGCUGUCUAACGACCGGUGUGGAGUUUCCGGUGCGAGUUACGAGUAUGAAAACGAUAGUUUGUACGCGUACGACAAUCCGACCGCUAACCACAAUGACGUGAUUGGCGGUGUCGACGAUCCGCCGUCGUUUAGUCGUAGUCAAUAUCGGUGUGGGGGCGGAAAUCCUACGUUCACCAUGGAGCCCGCUGAAACUUCAUCAGUGGUUUCGCACCACCCGCAACGGACGCCGUCGAUUUCACCAUCAUUCCCAUAUCUACACCAAAGGCGGGCCGGCGAUUAUUCAAAUUAUUUCUCUAGGGACGAUCGUCUAUCACAACCGCAUUCAGCCGAAGCUCCAAACCGACCUACCACGUUGGAACCUGGCACGCCGUCGAGACUGCGGUCCAGUCUGAAGAAAACCGUGUAUGGCAGUCGGCAAACGGCCGUUGGUUCGUCGAGUCCCGGAGUGUCGCCGACCAAUCCAACGCCACCGGACAGUCUGACCAGCGACGACAGCAGUUACAUGUCGGCCAGGGACAGCUCGGCAGCGUCUAUGUCCACUGCUCGAGUUCGGUUUUCGCCCGUCACUUUACUGGAUCUGCCCACCCACGGCCAACACCAGGAUUCAACGGUUCCCCUACAGGCAGCCGCGUCCACGUCGUCGUCGUCGUCGGCUCCAAAUUCCAGACGAUCGUCCUCGGUUUCAGAGUACAUCGCGUGACCGCACCAGAAACAAUUACAGUCAUAAUCGUACUCUAACGCUGUAGCGAUUUUUACGCUAAAAAUAACCGUUUUAUCUAUCGUGUCAGCUGCAGUAUUUUAUCUACUCUCACGUAAAUAUUUUUUCUUUUUAUACGUACCUACAUUUAUAUACUUAUUUAAAUUUAUUAUUAUUUCUUUCAUUUCAUACAAGGUAUAAUAUAAUAUAUUUUAUUUUAUCCAUUAUUUUUAAGUUUCGUACGAUGAGUCCGUUUCGACUACCAGACAUUCCAGUCUUUUUACAUAUAUUAUAUAUAUCAUCGUCAACACGUUUCCCAUUAUUAUAUAAUUCGUAAGAACGCCUGAUUACGACUUUAUAAUAUAUGAUAUUAAAAAUAUAUAUUGUGAUUUUUUUUACAAGUUCAAACUUAUUUUUUUAUAUUAUAGCGAAUUAAGUUUUUUGACAGAUUUUUGGUCCAUGUAAUGGCCAUCGUGAUGGUAUAUUUUUUUGUAAUCGACGCUUCGAAUAGAGUUGAUUUUUGUUAAAGAUUUUUUGUACGUAUGUUGGCCUUACGACCGAUAUUUUUAUUUUUUAUAUUUUUUUAUGUUUAUUAUAAAUAUUAUCAUUUAUGUGUUUUUGCAUAAUACCUAUAUAUAUUUUUUACUGAAACAAAUAUAGAUGAUUUGUUUUAGUUAGUAAUUUAAUAUUGUAUAGAUAAUUGUGACAUCUGUUAAAUACAAUGUUUCAUUUUAUUUUUUCAAUGAUAUCUGCAGUGUUAAAAUGUUCCGCAGACUGCAGUGUUUACCAUUAUUAUAAUAUUAUUUUAUUAGAAAAUAAACAUUGAUAAUAUAAUCAAUAUUGACAGUGCCUAUAAAAUAUAAAUUUAUAUUAUGUAAAUUA